GACGGCGGGUAGCAUGGUGGAAGGAAUAAAUACAAGAUGGCUCCUCAUAUAAAGCCAGGCAUCUGGCUCCUCCGCGGCCACGGUGAAUUAUCGCCUAUAAUCCGCUCCAGCUUCCGCUGUGGCCCUGAGGAGUGAACGGCGGCGCCCGAGAGAACAGGAGAGGAGUAAAGGCGGCCCUGGGGGCGAUGAGUGCGCCUUAGGCGGCGGGCCGAGCGCUGGAGGUGCGGAGUGAGGUGAAGUGAGAGGCGGGUCUCAGGCCGGAAUCUAGGCCCCGGCUCCUUCCUGGCCCUCCUCGCCCACUUUCCAGGCCGGUGUGUGGCCCCUGAGGGAAAGAGGCCCGUCAUGGCCGUGUCCAGGUUGGACCGCCUCUUCAUUUUACUGGACACAGGAACAACGCCAAUCACACGAAAAGCGGCAGCACAGCAGCUCGGUGAAGUAAUAAAGCUUCACCCACAUGAACUGAAUAACCUGUUAUCUAAGGUCUUGCUUUAUUUGCGAAGUCCAAACUGGGAUACACGUAUUGCAGCUGGUCUGGCAGUAGAGGCCGUUGUGAAACAUGUUCCUGCGUGGAAUCCAUCAACCAGGCUGAAAAAAGAGGCUGGUUCAGAAUGCUCAAGUGAUGAGUCUCCUCUCUCAGACAGACUGAGCUUUGACAGGUUUGACAUAUCAAGAUUAUUAAAACACGGUGCUUCCUUGCUGGGCUCAGCUGGUGUUGAAUUUGAAGUUCAAGAUGACAAAUUGGUGGACGUGGACCCUAAGGAAAGGAUAGCACGGCAAAGGAAGCUGCUGCAGAAGAAGCUAGGCCUUGACAUGGGAGCUGCCCUUGGAAUGAGUACUGAAGAGCUGUUUAAUGAUGAAGACCUGGACUACAUGCCAAGCAACACGCUUGUAAAUAAACCUACUCUCCAAGCAGCAGAGUUUAUUGAUUCCGAAUUUCUUCCGGGCAUGAGUAACAGGCAGAAAAAUAAAGCGAAACGAAUGGCAAAGCUUAUAGCAAAGCAGAGAUCUCGGGAUGUAAUGGAGGCCAAUGAAAAGAGCAGUGAUAGCACAGAUGGGGAGCCUGAAGAGAAGAGGAGGAAAGUAACCAAUGUUGUCAUCAGUCAGCCAGCAACUGAGUCCAAAGUAUUAAUCGAUAAUGUUCCAGACAACUCUUCCCUGUUUGAUGAGACUAACGAGUGGCCCCUGGAGAGCUUUUGUGAAGAGCUCUGUAAUGAUCUAUUUAACCCAUCUUGGGAGGUUCGACAUGGCGCAGGUACUGGUCUCCGAGAGAUUCUUAAGGCCCAUGGGAAAAGCGGGGGCAAGAUUGCAGACAGCACAUGUGAAGAGAUGGAGCAACAACAUCAAGAGUGGUUGGAGGAUCUGGCUAUUCGUCUUCUUUGUGUGUUUGCAUUAGACCGAUUUGGAGACUUUGUGUCAGACGAAGUGGUCGCACCUGUUCGGGAAACUUGUGCCCAGACGUUGGGAGUGGUCCUUAAACACAUGAAUGAAAGUGGAGUGCUGAAUACAGUGAAAAUCCUACUACGCUUAUUAACGCAAGAGCAGUGGGAAGUGCGACAUGGGGGACUGCUAGGAAUCAAGUAUUCUCUCGCUGUUCGCCAGGAUCUGAUUAAAACUUUAUUACCCAAAGCACUACCGGCAAUAAUUGAAGGUCUACAAGACCUUGAUGAUGAUGUGCGGGCAGUAGCAGCUGCGUCUUUAGUGCCUGUUGUAGACAGUUUAGUUAAACUACAAUUUAAGCAGGUUCCUUUUAUUAUUAGCACUUUAUGGGAUGCACUUCUGGAGUUAGAUGACCUCACAGCUUCUACCAACAGUAUCAUGACCCUCCUCUCUUCCCUACUUGCUUAUCCUCAGGUUCAGCAGUGCAGUGUUCAGCAAUCUCUUACAAUAUUGGUGCCACGAGUGUGGCCUUUCCUGCGUCAUACGAUCUCUUCUGUUCGGAGGGCAGCUCUAGAAACCUUAUGCACUUUGUUAUAUACACAGGACCAGAACUGUUCAGGUUGGCUAACCCCCAUCUUGCAAGACAUGCUGCGGCAUAUAUUUCAGCUCUGUAUUCUGGAGAGCAACCAAGAAAUUCUUGAUCUUAUCCAUAAGUUGUGGCAAGAACUGAUUACUAAAGCAAAUGUGCAGUACGUAGUGGCCGCUGCCUGCCCAUGGAUGGGAGCAUGGCUCUGUUUAAUGAUGCAGCCAGCUCAUUUGCCUAUUGAAUUAAAUAUGCUGCUGGAGGUCAAGCCCAAGUCAAAGGCAGGUGGUAAAUUGCGUCAAGGUCAGGGCCUGACAAAAGAAGUCACCCAGGAGUAUAUUGCUGGCUCAGACAGUGUCACUGAUGACUCUGCCACUAGAGACUUUGUGGUUACUCGAGCUCGUAUAGCUGCUGCAAGACUGCUUGGAUCGUUGUGCUGCUGUAUCUGUGAUCCUGUUGUAAAUGCACCUUCUCAGGAGAUCAAGCCUGCUGAAUCCCUAGCCCAGCUACUACUCUUCCAUCUUAAUUCCAAGUCUGCCUUACAGAGGAUAAGUGUGGCUCUUGUGGUCUGUGAAUGGGCAGCCUUGCAGAAGGAAUGCAGAACGGUAUCCCUUGCAGUCCAGCCACGUCUGGUUGCAGUUCUUUCAGAGCAUCUGUAUUAUGAUGAAAUAGCAAUCCCUUUUACCAGGAUGCAGAAUGAGUGUAAACAGUUAAUCUCCUCCCUGGCUGAAGCUCAAAUUGACAUCCAGAGCAGAGUAAACUGCAGCGUAUUCACCAUCGACCAAGCUAAUGAUCUGGUCACUACAGUGUUCAGUGACGCAACAGCAGUUCUGAGAGGGGACCCGAAGGCUUUCCAGAUCUUGGAUGCAAAAAGACAGCAAGUUCAAAUGACUGUGGUGGAAACAAACCAGGAAUGGCAGGUGCUACAGCUGAGAGUACACAUGUUUGCAGCUUGUGCCAUCAUCAACCUCAUGCAGCUGCCCGAGAAGCUCAAUCCUAUAAUUAAACCAUUAAUGGAAUCUGUGAAAAAGGAAGAAAACACAGCGGUGCAAAACUUUGCAGCCUUGUGUAUUGCUAAACUCUUACAACAAUGCAUCUCAAGGACUCCUUGUCCAAACCCCAAAAUAUUGAAAAAUCUUUGCAGCUCUGUGUGUGUGGAUUUCAAUAUCACCCCUUCUGUUAGUUGUCCGGCCCCAGUCAUAAACCACACUGACAACUCAAAAGGAUCGAAUUCUGAAAAAGAAGGGACUUGCCAUACAGUGACGAAGCACAGGGGCAUAAUUACCCUCUUCAGACACCAGCAAGCUGCUUUUGCAAUCACAAGCAGGCGAGGUCCAGCUCCCAAAGCAGUGCGAUCACAGGUGACAGAGUUGCCUGCAGGAAGCAGUAGCCAUGGGGCUUCAGAUUCUGAUGAGGCUCAGAAACAACAAUUAUUUCAGCGAAGAGGUGCAGAAUUCACUCUGGCUAAGAUUGCCAAACACUUUGCCACAGACUUGCCUACUGGAUUACCUCAUCUCUGGGAAGCAAUGGUUGGACCUCUGAAGAACUACAUAAACGUUGACCAUUUUGACGGAAAGCUCUUGUUAGAAAAAGGAGACGAUCAUGCACAAGAGCUGGUUAACAGCCUCCAAGUGUUUGAAAUUACUGCUGCUUCUAUGAAUUCCAAGCUUCACCCUCUGCUGCUUCAACAUCUUCCUCAUCUGUUCACCUGUCUACAACAUCCGUACACUGCAGUGAGGCACAUGGCAUCUCGAUGUGUAGGAGUUUUGAGCCGUAUUGCUACCAUGGAAACAAUGAAUGUCUUUUUGGAGAAAGUUUUGCCUUGGCUCAGUGCCAUUGAUGAUAGCACAAAGCAGGAGGGUGCAAUUGAAGCUCUGGCCUGUGUAAUGGAACAGCUGGAGGUUGGCAUUGUUCCAUACAUUGUCCUGCUUGUUGUGCCGGUAUUGGGUAGAAUGAGUGACCAAACGGAUAGUGUUCGCUUUAUGGCAACGCAGUGUUUUGCAACUCUCGUCAGGCUGAUGCCCCUAGAGGCUGGAAUCUCAGAUCCACCCAAUAUGUCAAGCGAGCUAAUUAAACUAAAAGCCAGAGAGCGCAACUUCUUGGAGCAGCUGCUGGAUGGAAAGAAAUUGGAAAAUUAUUCAAUCCCUGUUCCAAUAAAAGCUGAGCUCAGGAAAUAUCAGCAGGAUGGAGUCAAUUGGUUGGCCUUCUUGAACAAGUAUAAAUUACAUGGCAUCCUGUGUGAUGAUAUGGGACUUGGGAAAACUCUACAGUCUAUAUGUAUUCUAGCAGGGGACCAUUGUAACAGAUCUAAGGAGUAUAACAGAAGCAAAUCCACAGACUGCAUGCCUCUUCCAUCUCUGGUGGUGUGCCCACCAACACUGACGGGCCACUGGGUAGAUGAAGUCGGGAAGUUUUGUCCUAAAGAGUACCUCCACCCAUUACAUUAUACUGGUCCACCCACAGAGCGUGCCAGGUUACAGCACCAGGUUAAAAGACACAACCUUAUUGUGGCUUCUUAUGAUGUUGUGAGAAAUGAUAUUGACUUCUUCAGAAAUAUGAAAUUUAAUUACUGUAUAUUGGAUGAAGGCCAUGUAAUUAAAAACGGCAAGACAAAAUUGUCCAAAGCUGUGAAGCAGAUAACGGCAAAUUACAGAAUUAUCCUUUCUGGAACUCCAAUACAGAACAAUGUUUUGGAGCUGUGGUCAUUGUUUGACUUCCUCAUGCCUGGUUUUCUAGGCACAGAAAGGCAAUUUGCUGCUAAAUAUGGGAAGCCUAUUUUGGCUAGCAGGGAUGCUCGGAGCUCCUCUCGUGAACAGGAAGCUGGUGUUCUUGCGAUGGAGGCAUUACACCGUCAGGUGCUACCAUUUUUACUGCGCCGAAUGAAAGAGGAUGUAUUGCAAGAUCUUCCGCCUAAAAUUAUUCAAGACUAUUACUGUACUCUGAGUCCAUUACAGGUACAAUUGUAUGAAGAUUUUGCAAAAUCCCGUGCCAAGACUGAUGUUGCUGAAACAGUUGCCAUGACUGCUCUUUCUGAAGAAAGUGAGAGACCAAAGCUAAAGGCUACUGGACAUGUCUUCCAGGCAUUGCAAUACUUGCGUAAGCUAUGCAACCAUCCUUCUUUGGUCCUGACAGUGCAACACCCAGAGUACAAGAAGAUCACAGAACUACUUUGUACGCAGAAUUCUUCUCUGCGGGACAUUCAGCAUGCCCCCAAGCUAUCUGCUUUAAAACAACUGCUGUUGGAUUGCGGUUUGGGUAAUGCUGGCACCUCAGAGAGCGGCACAGAAACAGUUGUGGCCCAGCACAGAAUAUUAAUCUUUUGUCAGUUGAAGAGCAUGCUGGAUAUAGUGGAACAUGACCUCCUGAAGUCUCACUUACCGUCUGUUACAUACCUGCGGCUGGAUGGAAGUAUACCAGCAGGCCACAGACAUUCCAUAGUGUCAAGGUUCAACAAUGACCCCUCAAUAGAUGUUCUGCUGCUGACCACGCAUGUGGGUGGCUUGGGUCUCAAUUUGACUGGGGCGGAUACAGUAGUGUUUGUAGAACAUGAUUGGAACCCAAUGAGAGAUCUCCAGGCUAUGGACAGAGCACAUCGUAUUGGACAGAAACGAGUGGUUAAUGUAUAUCGGCUAAUUACAAGAGGAACUCUGGAGGAGAAGAUUAUGGGUCUGCAGAAGUUCAAGAUGAGCAUUGCCAACACCGUGAUAAGUCAGGAAAAUGCCAGCCUGCAGAGUAUGGGCACUGACCAGCUGCUUGACCUGUUCACUCUGGAUAAGGAUGGAAAGCGUGAGAAGAUGGAGACAUCUGAAGCCGGCGGAAAGACUUCAAUGAAAUCAAUCCUUGACAACCUUGGAGAACUGUGGAACCAGGAGCAAUACGAUUCAGAAUUUAGCCUGGACAAUUUCAUGCAUUCUCUCAAAUAACUGCUGCUGCUCAAGUUUCCUCCGUAGUUUUUUUUCUUUUUUUUUUGUUCCACUUUUUUUGUUUUUUUGCUGAUAUUCAGCAGUAGCUGAGACGGUACCAUCAAUAAGAUUUUGCAAGAUGGAUUUACAUCUAGGUGGAAUCUUAGACAGCCAGGAACGGGAGAGAUUGUGUCAAGGGAAAUUAUGCAGUCUUAAAGAUGCUAUGGAUUUUGAGAAGACUUGAAUCCUCUGUUUAUAGACUGGUGCAGCGUCCUUCAGCUGGAAAACAAAAUCAAACUGAUUUUAUGCACUGCCAGCUGCUAUUUCUAACAUUGUCAAGUAUUUCUUCUGAACUGGUUAAUGAAAUGUUUUUAUUUGACCUGUAAAACGUACAGGGUUCUCGAGCUUACCUGCCCAUCCUAGGACUGUGUGCAGCCAUGCUGUGAGGGCCAUUGCUGGUUACAUUAGCGAUGUUGCACCAAGCAGUGACUAUAGCAGUAGUAAGGAUGUGCACUUGGAUGUUUGAAAGCCACUGAAAAGACUGCUAAAUGCAAGAUGUUUCACUGUGGCUUUAUCUCUCCGUCUUAUCUUGCGGUCUUUAAUCUGUUUUAAUCCUAUUUUUAUGAAAUAUUUGCAGUUUUUUAUUCCGUCUUUUUUUUGUUUUCAGACCAUUUGCUAGCUGCAUUUUGGGUGAUGAUUGCACAAAACAGGAAGAAACGGAUUGACAAUAGUGGGGGGAACAGGUUCAAUUUCCCAAUCGGCCUUCUAAUGAUUACAUGAUACAAUGACGGGAGAUGGAAAUAAUACCAUCUCGUAUUUUAAUUUCUGAAAACCGAAAGAUGCAAAUGUAAAACUUGUGUGGAUGAGAAGGCAAGUAGGUCUGCAGUUGGAUUAAACCCGGAUGAGACUGAAGACAUCCCAGUGCACAUACCCUAAACUAAAAGUUUUAGGCUCUUGGUUGUAAGAAUGUAGCUCCAUUUUUUUUGUUUGUUUUUUUAAGGUUGUAAACAUUUUUUUUUUAAUUAACUUUAAGAAGCCACAUGUUUUGAUGUGGUUAUGAAUUAGGCAUUUAAUGACCAAUGUCAGACUGGAAAGUCAGGCUUGCACUGCUUAUGGCCAUCCUUCGUUUUGUUGGAUUGCAGUUUCUGCAUUACUGAUGGGAAGCAAGUUGGUCAAGCCUCUGGUAUUAAGCAACAUCAAGCUUUUGGGGUUUAAAUGGAGCUUUCUAUGCACACUUGAGGUCUCAUGUGUGACAAUUGUCUGAAAGGGAGGUGCUUGGGCUUUGCCUGCAGUCGUCAGUUUACAACUGUUCUUUCUAUAGUGUACAGGAGAAAGAACCAGGUCAUUAUCUGUAAUCAUCAAACUAUUCCCAGGAGACAGACACACGGGCUAAAAUACUUCCUGAAUAUCACUGCAUGCUGUGGUGCUUUCCUCUGCUUCUACACCAAUACAAGGCAUAGUAAUCAUAUGGAGUCUAGCAGAAGGAACCACAAUGCACAUAGGCCAGGAUGUGACACUCCUGGAAGUGUUUGAUGCAUAGGAUUUUUUUAGGCGUCAUGGCUUUUGGAGAUGGUGAGUAUCUGCAAAAUGAAGCGUUACCCCUACCACCACAGACUGGGCUUUGGUUUGAGAUAAAAAACUAAUGCUGGGCCACUUCUAUGCUUCUUGUGAUAAUCAGUUGGCAUAGUCAACGGGGGUUAAUUUGCUAAGCAACAUUGGCAAUUUUAAUCUUUUGAUAUGGAGCGAUUUUAACCAGUACUGUCAGUCCCUUUACUCAGGCUAGAGGUACAUAGUAGAUGUUUAAUGGCUCAAUAGGGCAGUGAAUCAUUGGGAGUAGCCGUUCCAAGCCAAUGAAGAAAAUGGCUCCCUAUGGAGUGAUCUACACAGGUAACCUAUAUUCACAUCUUGUAGAAUUUAAUUGCACAUAUGUUGCUACUUCUAAUGAUUUAUUGCUAGGAAUUUUAGUACCUUGAGUGAGCUGCUAAAAAUGUACUGCAAGUGUUCAAAUCUCUCAAUGAUAACAGAUCAAAACUGCCUUUUGUAGCCAAGCGCUAAAGGAGUAGUGUUUGCUUGGCCCAAUCUGGCGCUUCAAUUCCAGCAAUACACAGGGUAAUCUGAAAAAAAGCGCAAUUGGAUGAUUUAAAGGGUUACUUCACCUUUAUCAAAAAACUGUGCAGGUAAAGGUUACUGUAGAUGAAAACUUUGCAGUUUUGUCUAAACUCUGAUUAAUUCCCUUGCUAGAAGUGUAGGCCAUUUACAUUUCUCCCAAAGCCAGGCCAAAAAAAAAAAAUCUGAUAUCCUGUCCUGCCUUGUUGCUAAAACUCCAGCUAUUACUGUUUACCUUCAUAAUUACAUGAUUGAGCUGUCCAACCGCUGCGCUUGUUUGGUCCACUGUCUCCGCUGUGGCAACAUUGCUAAACUUGGAGCUACUGUGACGGGGCACAGUGUAUGCAAAUGGGGUUUAAAUCGGAUGGGAGUGCCUUAGCAAUGUCCUAGCAACAAGGCAGGAUGAAAUGAUGCAAUCUCUGGGAGUUUUUGGCCAGGCUCCAGGAUGUAUG